GUCUGAGCGGACGUUUGAUGAAAGAAGCUGGGCCUGCAUGAAAACGGGGAGGGCCAGAGAUCAUCAUGUUCAGUCCAUGGUUACUGGCAAUGCAGAUGGUUCUGAUUGGACCCUGGGAUCCAGUGGGAGCCCAGGAGCCUCUCACCGUACCCUGGGAGGUCCAGCGCUAUGAUGGCUGGUUCAACAACCUGAGACACCAUGAGCGGGGCUCCGCAGGUUCCAGGCUCCAGCGUUUGGUCCCUGCUACAUAUUCAGAUGGCGUUUACCAGCCGUUGGGGGAGCCGUACCUGCCGAAUCCCCGAAGCAUCAGCAACGCUGCUAUGAAGGGCGCCUCUGGGAAGCCCUCCUUACAAAAUCGCACUGUGCUGGGGGUCUUCUUUGGCUACCAUGUCCUCUCUGAGGUGGUGAAUGUGGAACGGCCAGGCUGUCCUGCAGAGUUUAUGGACAUCCAGAUCCCCAAAGGAGACAAAGUGUUUGACCCGAACUACACUGGGGAUGUGGUGCUACCCUUCCAGAGAAGUCAGUGGGACCCACAGACAGGGAAGAGCCCUAACAACCCCCGAGACCAGGUCAAUCAGGUCACCAGCUGGCUGGAUGGCAGUGCCAUCUAUGGCUCCUCUCACUCCUGGAGUGAUGCCUUGAGGAGCUUCUCUGGUGGGGAGCUGGCAUCAGGACCAGACCCUGCUUUUCCUAGAGGUACUCAGGGGACCUUACUUAUGUGGACAGCGCCAGACCCUUCCACUGGGCAGCAGGGGCCCCAAGGGCUGUAUGCCUUCGGGGCCGAGAAGGGGAACCAAAACCCAUUUCUGCAGGCACUGGGUAUCCUCUGGUUCCGAUACCACAACCUGUGGGCUCAGAGGCUGGCUCAGAAGCACCCGACCUGGGAAGAUGAGGAGCUGUUUCAGCAUGCCCGCAAGAGGGUCAUCGCCACCUACCAGAACAUUGCCCUGUAUGAAUGGCUGCCCAGCUUCCUGGAGAAACAUCCCCCACCAUAUGAAAGGUACAAGUCAUUCCUAGAUCCCAGCAUCUCACCUGAGUUCCUAGCAGCCUCUAAGCAAUUCUUCUCCACCAUGGUGCCCCCUGGUGUCUACAUGAGAAAUGCCAGCUGUCAUUUCCAAAACAUUAUCAACACGGGCCGGGAUAUCUCCUCAGCAAUUAGAGUCUGCAACAGCUACUGGAAUCGAGAGAACCCAAAUCUGCGCAGUGCUGAGGCAGUAAAUGAACUACUCUUGGGGAUGGCCUCACAGAUCUCAGAGAGAGAAGACAGAAUUGUGGUGCAGGACCUGAGAGAUUACUGGCCUGGCCCUGGCAGGUUCUCACGAACAGACUAUGUGGCCAGCAGCAUUCAGAGAGGCCGCGACCUGGGACUGCCCAGCUACAACCGGGCCCUUGAAGCCAUUGGGUUGAAGCCCCUGACGAACUGGAGUGCCCUCAACCCUAACCUGGAGCCCAAUGUUCUGGAGGCAAUAGCCACCUUGUACAAGUAUAGCCUGUCUCAUCUGGAGCUGCUCCCAGGAGGCCUCUUGGAGAGCCAUGGGACCCCUGGACCCUUAUUCAGCAACAUUGUUUUUGACCAGUUUGUUCGGUUACGAGAUGGGGACCGGUACUGGUUUGAGAACAAAAGAAAUGGGCUGUUUAAGGAUGAGGAGAUCGCUGAGAUUCGAAACACAACCCUCCAUGAUGUCUUGGUAGCUGUCCUUAACAUUAGUUCUGAUGACCUGCAGCCUAAUGUCUUUUUCUGGCAUGAGGGAGCCCCCUGUCCACAACCCCAGCAGCUUGAAGAAAGUAUCUUGCCGCCUUGUGUGAAUAUGACAGUGUUUGACUACUUCGAAGGCAGUGGUCCUGGCUUUGGGGUUACUAUUGUAGCCCUCUUCUUUCUCCCUUUAGUGAGUCUGUUCAUUGCCUGGGUGGUGGCACAUUUCCGAGGCAGAGAGUUCAAGAAGCUGCAGAAUAAAGAGAAACAGAACAUAAAGAAGGAAAUGCCCAUGGAUGGGGUAGCAGCAAUGGAGUGGCUAGGCCCAAGCAAGAGGAGCUGUCCCAUCUACCUACAUCUGCUCCCAGAGAGAUCCCUCCGAGUGCUGGAUGAACAGCAAUCUCUGAUCCGCACCAUCCAGCUCCAGCCUUUACAGCAGAUGAACGUGAUCCAGUCAAACAACCGGGGCUGCCAGAUGCUACUACUCAAGAUUCCCAAGGAAUAUGACCUGGUGCUGAGGUUCAACUGUAACGAAGAGCGGACUAUCUUUGUCCGGCACCUUCAGGGUUACUGUGCCCAUUGGAGCCUGGACUUUGUGCUGUCAGAGAUGGGGGAGCGAGACCUGCUCAAAAAAGCUGUGACCAAGCAGCAGCGAGGGAACAUCCUAGAGACUUUUUUUAGGCACCUUUUUGCACAGGUGCUGAACAUUGACCAGGAAGAAACAGGCAGCCGGCCUCCUGACUCAGACUUAUCUCAGAAGGUGCGAGAGGCCCUGGCCUGUGAGCUGAGCAGGGCUGAAUUUGCAGAGUCCCUUGGCCUCAAGCCUCAGGCCAUGUUUGUAGAGUCCAUGUUCACUCUGGCAGACAAAGACAACAAUGGCUACUUAUCAUUCCGAGAAUUCCUAGACAUCCUGGUGAUCUUCAUGAAAGGCUCCCCAGAAGAUAAGUCCAAGCUCAUGUUUACCAUGUAUGAUCUAGAUGAAAAUGGCUUCCUCUCCAAGGAGGAGUUCUCUACCAUGAUGCGAUCCUUCAUUGAGAUCUCCAACAACUGCCUGUCCAAGGCCCAGCUGGCUGAGGUGGUGGAGUCCAUGUUCCGUGAGUCUGGCUUCCAAGACAAGGAGGAACUGACUUGGGAAGAUUUCCACUUCAUGCUAAGAGACCACGACAGUGAACUCCGCCGCACCCAGCUUUGUGUCAAAGGGGGGGCAGGGACAAGGAAUAUCUUUAAACCGAAUAUCAGCAACCGAGUCUCCUUCAUCAACAAAAGCCGAAAGGGAGGUACUAACUUCAAUGGAGUUGAGAUAUCUUCAGAGACCCCAGAUCCUGGCAGCACUGGGAUGAGAAAGAGGUUUGGCAAGAAGGCACACACCUUUGCUCCUAGGCUAUACACAGAGGCCAGGAGGGAAAAGCUUCAUGGAGGACGACUCUCUCAGAAGAUCCAGCAGUUUAAGCGCUUUGUGGAGAACUAUCGUAGACAUAUUGUCUGUGUGGCUAUCUUCUCUGCCAUCAGUACUGGGUUGUUUGUAGAACGGCUUUACUAUUAUGCCUUUACCUCACCAAACUCGGGCAUCUCACAAACUACACUUGUAGCUCUCAUCCUCUCCCGGGGGACGGCAGCCAGCAUCUCCUUCAUCUUCUCCUACAUACUGCUCACCAUGUGCCGCAACCUCAUUACCUUCCUACGGGAGACCUUCCUCAACCGCUACGUGCCCUUCGAUGCUGCGGUGGACUUUCACAGAUGGAUUGCCAUAGCAGGGCUCAUCCUAUCCAUUCUGCACAGUGCCGGUCAUGUGGUAAAUGUCUACAUCUUCUCAGUCAGUCCACUCAGCGUGCUGUCCUGCAUCUUCCCAAAUGUCUUUGUGAAUGAUGGGUCUCAGCUGCCCCAGAAGUUCUACUGGUGGUUCUUUGAGACCGUCCCAGGCAUGACGGGAGUGCUUCUACUAGUAGUCCUAGCAGUCAUGUAUGUCUUUGCCUCCGAUCACUUCCGGAAAUGCAGUUUCUGGGGCUUCUGGAUGACCCACCACCUCUACAUUGCGCUCUACAUCCUGCUCAUCAUCCAUGGGAGCUACGCCCUGAUCCAAUUGCCCAGUUUCCACCUUUACUUCCUGAUUCCAGCUCUUAUCUAUGGUGGGGACAAGCUGGUGAGCUUGAGCCGGAAGAAGGUGGAGAUUAGUGUGAUGAAGGCUGAACUGCUGCCCUCAGAUGUGACCCACUUGCAGUUCCAGCGGCCCCAGGGUUUUCAGUACAAGUCAGGGCAAUGGGUACGUAUUGCCUGCUUGUCCCUGGGCACAACAGAAUACCAUCCUUUCACACUCACCUCUGCACCCCAUGAGGACACACUCAGUCUGCACAUCAGAGCUGUGGGGCCCUGGACCACACGACUUAGAGAGAUCUACUCACUUCCACCAGGCAACAACUAUACAUCAUAUCCUAAGCUGUACCUGGAUGGCCCAUUUGGGGAAGGCCACCAAGAGUGGCAUAAGUUUGAGGUGUCUGUGCUGGUGGGUGGGGGCAUUGGGGUCACGCCCUUUGCCUCUAUCCUCAAAGAUCUGGUCUUCAAGUCAUCAGUCAAUAGCCAACUGCUCUUCAAGAAGAUCUACUUCAUCUGGGUGACGAGGACCCAGAGGCAGUUCGAGUGGAUGGCGGACAUCAUCCGGGAGGUGGAGGAGAAUGACCUUAAGGAGCUGGUGUCUGUACACAUCUACAUCACCCAGCUGGCUGAGAAGUUUGACCUUAGGACCACCAUGUUGUACAUCUGUGAGCGGCAUUUCCAGAAGGUGAUGAACCGGAGUCUCUUCACUGGUCUGAGAUCCAUCACUCACUUUGGUCGUCCCCCCUUCGGCCCCUUCUUGAGCUCCCUGCAGGAGGUCCACCCCGAGGUGCGGAAGAUUGGGGUGUUCAGCUGUGGCCCCCCUGGCAUGACCAAGAGUGUGGAAAAAGCCUGUCAACUCAUCAACCGACAGGACCAGGCUCACUUUAUACACCAUUAUGAGAACUUCUGAGCAGCUUCAUUUGGGUCCUGAAAAUCGUGCAAAGCUUCAUGAAUAAGGGUUGCAGUCGUUGCACAUGUAUGGCACUGUUGCACAUGUAAGGCACUGUUACACAUGUAUAGCACUAUCUCCCUAGCCCCUCCCCAUUACGGCUCUCUCUUUCCCCCUGGGAGAGUAAAAAUCAGCAUUACCAUUCCUGAAAAGAAUGGGUCGAUUAGGGGCAGCUAGGUGGCACAGUGGAUAAAGCACUGGCCCUGGAUUCAGGAGGACCUGAGUUCAAAUCUGGCUUCAGACACUUGACACUUACUAGCUGUGUGAC